CAACUUCCACACUCACCACAGGAAAAGUCAGGAAAACACAUCUGUCCCCGCGCAUGUCGCUGUUUGUGCUGGCCUGCAUGUGUUUGUAAAGCUGUUCCGGUGAACAUUAGCAGAGCAGCGGAGCGCCGGUGAAGUAGUUGCCUACACUUGGCCGCUGUUGAGUGCGGUGUGAGCAGCGGUGAAACGCCGGGACGGUUCGCUGCGAUGGAGAACAUGAACUAAUCGGAUUUGAUAUUCUUUUUUCUCUUGGAUUACCUCCUGUUAAACCGGCCCGGUUCGUUAUUGUUGGUAUUGUAUCGGUUCCUGUCGUAGUGUGGAAUAGUGAACACUUUGAAAAUGCCUGCUAAGACCAAGUACAACCUCGUUGAUGAUGGGCAUGAUUUGAGGAUCCCGUUGCACAACGAGGAAGCAUUCCAGCAUGGGAUCAACUUCGAGGCAAAGUACAUCGGCAGUCUGGAUGUGACGCGGCCGAGCAGUCGAGUUGAGAUCGUGGCUGCGAUGCGAAGAAUACGGUAUGAGUUCAAGGUGAAAAACAUCAAGAAGAAAAAAGUCAACAUUGUGGUGUCGGUAGACGGCGUGAAAGUUGCCUUGAGGAAAAAGAAAAAAAAAAAGGAGUGGACGUGGGAUGAGAGCAAGAUGAUGGUGAUGCAGGAUCCCAUUUACAGGAUAUUCUAUGUGUCUCAUGACUCCCAGGAUCUGAAGAUUUUCAGCUACAUCGCUAGAGACGGACAGAGUAAUGUCUUCCGCUGCAAUGUCUUCAAGUCCAAAAAGAAGAGUCAGGCCAUGCGGAUUGUUCGGACAGUCGGCCAGGCGUUCGAGGUUUGUCAUAAACUGAGUCUGCAGCACACGCAGCAGAACGCAGAUGGACAGGAGGACAGCCACAGCGAAAAGAACGGCAACAGCUCCUCUGUCUCAGCUCGGGAACUAACAGGCGCAGAGAAGACGGCGACUGUCACAGAGGAGACGGAUAUCGAUGCGGAGGAGACGAGCCAGGUGUCAGCAGCAGAGGAGUUAAACCUCAAUAGAGGGGUGACUGAUCUGGACGCCACAGCCAAGGCACCUGAGCUGAACCAAUCGGAGAGCAAGGCUUCAGAGGAGGCCUCUCUGCUGAUGUCCAGCCCCAGGAUGCUGCUCCCUACAUCGGGCACACUGCCACCAGGUGCCCCCCUGUCUGUCCACCACCAGAUCCAGCUGCUCCAACAGCAGCUCCAGCAGCAACAGCAGCAGACACAAGUGGCUGUGGCACAGGUCCACCUGUUGAAGGACCAGCUGAGCGCGGAGGCCACAGCUCGGCUGGAGGCCCAGGCUCGAGUCCACCAGCUGUUGCUGCAGAACAAAGACCUGCUGCAGCACAUCUCCCUGCUGGUUAAACAGAUCCAGGAGCUGGAGACCAAGAUGUCUGGACCAAACUCAAUGGGAUCUCAGGACAGUCUGUUGGAGAUCACCUUCCGGUCUACAGUACCUCCAGUGAUUUGCGACCCCACAACGCCCAAACCUGAUGUGUCCGCCCUCAACCUGCCUGCACUGGGCUCCGCUGACGGGACCGGCAACGCCUUCUCAUCUUCCAAUGGGACUCUGGGAAGCCCCCUAGUUGAUCAAAGUAUGUUUGAGAACUCAGUUGCCCAGCAGCAGAGUCCUCAGACCUCCAGGCCGGGCCAGUCCUCGUCCCGACGCACCCCGGCAUCACCUAAUCAUAACCUGGGGUCCAGCUCCAUCGACUCUCCAUCCUCCGGAGGCCAACAGAGGCUUAAAAAUGCCAUUAAUCUGGGCAAGGCUGUCGGCGCAAGGGUCAAUGACUUGUUAAGAAGGAAGGAGCCCAGCCACCUCGGGGACAUCGGGGUCACUGAGGUCAACAAAAACGUUGAUGCUGUUUGGAGCUGUAUGGACCAACUCAACCAGACCACUGCAAACAGUCACAUCUCCUCUUUUGACUCCUUCCCUCGGCUGGACCCACCACCCCCAACAGGGAAGAAACGCCUCCCUCGGGCUCUGAAGACCACCCAGGACAUGAUGAUCUCGUCCGACCCCGUUGUCUCCUCUCCUGACCCAGUUGACUCAUCCUCCUUCCUCUCUUCUCCUGACAAGAUGCCCCCGAUCGCUAAGGAGGAGCUGAGGAACAGUGAGGAGCAGCAGCAGCAGGGCGAGAAGGAGGAAGAGCAGUCAGAGGAAAUCACAUUGCCGCCAAGUCCAGCAGAGAAGAAAGUUGUUUCUGAUUGGGAGAUGACAGGAAGCAACGGCAAAGUCGAUGGAGUCACAGGUGGAGAAGAUGAUGAUGUGGAAAACGGGAGCACCGAAGGAGGCGAAGAGGAACGUCAGCCCCAGCUGCAGCUCUCCGUGCCAGACCUCAUCAACAAAGAUCCCCCCUUGCUGGAGCCCAGGGCUAAGCCCUGCGACGUCUGGCAGAAGGCAUCAGGACCGGACUCCCGGUUGGCCUCCACCCCAUGCUCAGGAAAAACUACCUGCCGCAUCAGCCUGGGUGAGGAGGCUCUGCUGGGGAACGGCACUCCCUGCAGUAAAGGCACCGGAGUGAGCGCUGAAGACUCAGAGUCCCACCCGGACCUGCUGUCAUUUGAAUAAAGACCAGAGGGGUCAGAUACCACUUCAGUUUGUCUCCAGGAGUUUGGAACUUUUGCUCUUAGAGGUAAUUCAAACAGACUAAUGACAAGUACUGCGGAUCAAAUAUUCACUGCCACUUUGAAAUAUAUAACUCUCCCUGCUCCAGGGUUUGCUUUAGGAAAAGGGAACAAGGGCUUCCAGGAAUCAGGGCAGGGGCCAGAGCUGAUGCUUUUAGACUUUUUAGCAACUUUUCUUGAGUUUAAAUGUCAUGGUGAUACAAUCUGGCCCUCCAACAUGGCUGACGGACACCACCACCUUCUUCCUAAUGAUUUGAACACAAAGCUGACCAGCACCAGAUGAUGAAUAAGGAGCAAGAGAGAAAAUGUGUAGGAGCUGAGGGUUCAUUACGGUGCAGAGAGAAUUCAAAUUUUAUCAUUUCAUCUAUAAGCAAACAGUUAUAACAGAUAAUGAUUUUAUCAUAGUGUAUUUAUCAUAUUUUAGCUCUUCCAGUGUUUUAUAACAUGUCAUGUCUGCUUUAGGAAUGCAAUAAUACCUGAUAAUGUAACAAUGAAUGUAACUGAUAAAAUGAAAUAUCCCUUUAAAUGGGCUGAAAAUGUAAAAUCCUGACAAUGGCGAGCGUAAAGACAACUUUAUACUGAUGUCAUUUAUUCCUGAAAGUAAAACAUUAUUACUGUACAUCUUUUAGAAAUGUAUGGGUGAUACUUAUCAGCAUUAAGUUAUAUUAUCAAGCCAUUCAUUUCAAGAACCCUUUUGUCGACAUUUUUAAAACCAUUUAAAGGGACUUCUAUUUCACAAUGGUCACACUGUAAGUCUCAUAUUGUACAAAAGCUGCUACAAUGAAACCAAUUACAAACUGCAACUAAUAUGAGUUAUAUAGCAAUAUAAUUUACACUCAGUAUAAUUAGAAUAAUAACGUUUUUGGAGAAUUUUCAUCAGCCUAAUAGUAUUUCCAGCACAGAAUAUUCUUGAAAACUGAAGGCAGACUCAGGAGGAGAGGAGGGAAACAGGAGGAAGAAGCUGAACGAAUGCGGAUGUGUUAGAGAUGGAAAGGUUUGGGGGAGAGUUUACAUUCAGUUCAGUCAGCAUAAAAUGCCUCGCAGCAGUUUCUGCCAGAGUUUGUCAGGACUGGAAGGCUUUUGACCUGUAGCUUCAUUCAUAUUAAUUCAUUUCUGCCCCCUUUUUAGAUGCAGUGGGAAUUUUAGAAAGAGUCCUCUCCUACACUGCCCUUUGGCACAGACUCUGACCCUGAAUGUGACCUUUGUAAAGUUAUCAGCAUGUAAGGACAUUCAUCAGCAUCCCCAUCAAUAGGUAGCAUUUCUUUUGGUUUAGAUUAAAAAAGAAAGAAAGAAAAAGAUGAAAAAGGAAACCUGGGAUUGCUUGCUCAUUUAUUUUAAAUAUUAAAAACACCCCAGAAAUUGUUGAAAUUAAAAUAUAAAUACACAGAGCAAAGUCAGUGUAAACUUAUUUUCUUUUUUUUAAAAAUUCAAGUACUCAAGUACAUUCUGAACCGUCUCCACAGUUCAGAGUUACCUCCUGGCAGCAGCAAGAAACAGAGUGCCAGGGCCUAAAGUCCAUGUGGAAAAACAUAUGCUAAGUCUAAUUUAAAAAAAAAAAAAAAAAAAUUUGUAGUUUCUGAUUAUAGAUAUUGUGAUUUUUUUUCCUUUGGCUCUGUGCUCCAGUGAUAAUGAGCUUGUGUUGUGAGCAAAUACUAGUAGAAACUAGAAAAUAAAUUGAGCAAUUUGUGGAACCACAUUCAGUAUUUACAUGAACGUAUCUCUGGUCUGGGAUGAGAACGGCUCCCAUGCUUCCUCUGUGCUGACAAAAAGUGUCUUCUUAGCUGGCUGAACUGAAAGUAGAUUCUUAUUACCCCCUUAAAAAAACCUGACAGCGAGUCGGAUGAAAGGAUGGAUGGGCAGACGGGCGGCAAGUGGAGGGCGGGCUGCUAAAAAGUUAUGUUUGAGCAGAAGACAGAGAGGAUAAUGAGCUGUCAACAGGGAGAGAUGAAAGUGGUGUAUUCUAUUCAAGCAGAUCAUUAAGUGACAGACCAAAGACAGAAAUUAGCGGCUCAGUCAGACAGGUUGUUUUUGUCAUAUUGUUUUUAGCGAGCUAUCAGAGUGAAAAGAGAAGCAAUAAUUCAUACAGAUUUUUUCCUCCUUUAUUUUUGCUUCAUCUGUUAAUGAAAACCAAAGUCAGAGCAUUUAGAAAAUUUUGAUAACAAUUCACAUGCAUGUUUUAGAUCUUCUGACUUUUCUGACUCACCGCAGAGAGACUGUGUCGGAUGAGCUGACAGUAACAGAAAAUAACCCGCUGUUGAAUCAGACAAUCAGCGUCAACCUUACCCAUGUGUCGCUGCAGGAGGAGCAGAACCAAGCUGCGAGGGCUGUUUUAGCACAAUCAAAGUGGAAAUCUGUGUUUUUAUAACACUAUAAUCUGAGCAUCUGUUCCUCACAUCUGUGGCACUGGGUUAAAAUUCACUUUAGACACACAUGGAAAGCAAGCUCCAGAUCCCAACCCUACAAAUAACCCGUCUUUCUGUGAGGUUCCUGAAGUGGCCUCUGUAAGUGUCCACUGUGUCCUUGCAGGGAUUUCCCGACUUCAAGACAGAGAAAAAAAACUUCCCAGAAAACACUGAGACGGACACAGAGCCAGCUGUAGUUGCGGUCAGGUCGUGCCCAUCAGAAUGAGAGGAAUGUGGAGCUGGACUUAGAGAAAGGAAGCUUUGUCUCUCUGUCUGUCCCCGUCUCUCUGACUUUGUCUCAUAUAAAAGCGUCCCCAUUUAUUUUAAAGCUUUAACAAAACAGCAGGUGUCCCCCACAUGCCAAACCAAAUUACAAAAAUAGUUUUCCCAAUUAGUUUUAUCCAGCAAUCAUCAGAUCAGAGUCGAUUUUUUUUCUUUUACUUUAAGUUUUUAACUAAAAGCAACAGUUUGUGGAAACACAUGCUGAGUUUUUCACGUGUUUGUGUGCUGUGAGGAACAGAAACAAAAUGUAUCUUCACUGUGCUGGGGUUGCAGAUGUUUCAGUAAUCUCCAGAACCAAAGCAUUUACAUUGCUAGAUAAAACAUAAGUGGGAAAAUGUUUUAAUUUUGGUCAAAGUGACAGUUUAAAAUCAGGGCAAGAGUGGAAACAUGUUGUGAAAGUAAAUGAGUUAAAGCAACCAGAAGCAAAGACCUGAUCUACAUUAUCUGAUAAUCACCACAACUUAAUCAAUCACCCAUAUUAAUGAUAGGACAAAGUAUUUGUACAUGUUUUGUUGCUUCAACGUUUUAUUAGUUUUGAUUUAAUUGAUCUUGAAUAUUUUAAAGCCCCUGAAAGCCUGGUUUCAAAUUCUUUUUGUUUUUACUCAUAAUAUAAUAUCAAUAACUAAAUGUGCAGCAAUCACUGUUAAAGUUUGGGGAGGGAAAAUCUUCAUUAAGAGUUAAACACAAACUCUGUGGCUGAGGUUUGAUCACAUUUGAUUGACAGGUGUUCGCAAUAUAAGCAAGAAAAAAAAAAGAAAAAAAAGAUUGUCAUUACAUUUUGAUUAAAAUUGCUAAUCCCUGAUUGGUGCAUGGAAAUAUGUGACAAUAACUAUUUUCAACCGAGCCCACUUUAAACCAGUGACAAACAAAAAUACAGAAAAACAAAAUUGUUUAAACUUUGGCAGAAAUUAUGUGUUCAUGUUGAAUCCUAUCACACAAAAUGUGUUAUCACGGCCUUGAAACUUAUAAAGUGUUGUAUUUUGUAAUCUGUCUGUCUGCUGCAUCUGACUGAUAACUGAAGAGACUCAGAGGUUGUUUUCAGGAUUCAGAAAGUCUGUCUAUCAGCACAGAGGUAAUUGCUACACACCUGGAUGAACCAGGAGAGGUUUUGACUGAACCCAACAAAACUGAACACAGGAUCGACAACAGCUGCUUGUAUUUAGUCAGAGGGUAAAAGCAAUAAGGUGGGAUGAAUGGUUUCUCAGACUCUCUGAAAUGCCGCGUUUCUUUCCUUUUAGCAAAAUCACCAGUGUAAAGAAAUGAAGCUGAGACAGUGAGAGCAGCUCACCAGUUACCAUGCAUCCUUUAAAACCACUAAAGUAGAUUUCUAUUGUAUUUUCUGAUGAAGGAACAGUGCUGUAUAUGUUAUGGAAAUAUUCUGUCGCUUAUUUUUUAUAAUAUCUGUGAAUAUGCCAUGGCGUCUUGUUCUGAGAAAUGAAGGAAAGUGAUUUAUUUUGAUAUUCAAGUCACAGAAUCUAGUUAUGGCAAUCUGUGCUAUUUAGUUGCUUCGAUUAAUGUCAUAAAAGAAAAAAAUGACCUUGCUUUCUAUUUUUUAUGUUGUUAGGUUUUUGUCUUUGUGAAGCCAGUUGACAUAAUUUCAGCAGUUAUGAUGUAUGAAGGAAGUUAUAUGCUGCUCAUGAAGGCUUUUUGAAAACAAGGCGCAAACGGACCGCUAAAGCAAACCUGGGACUUUUUAUUGAUUCAUAUCUUAAAAUUGCUGCAAAUGAAAUCUUUAAUUUUUUAUGAAAAUAUGCUACAAAAAUCAAAGUGAAUCGGUGAUUCUUUUUGUUGUAUUUUCCUAAUGUAUCUUUUUUUAAAGUGGGGAUGUAAUAACUCCUGUAAUGAUUGUAAUCUUUAAAAAAAAAAAUCUUGAAAUA